AUGGCUCAGCGUGUAGUGCCACAAACGCGCGCCAGCAGUCUUUGGGACAAUGCUGUAGCCCAGCUGCCAGACGAACACAAACGCAGAAUCGACUUUACUAGCCCUAAGAAGAUCGACAUGCUGAAAGACUUACGCGAGAUGGCCGACGGAAAAAGAGAUGAAUUCAUGAAAUCAAGAUGGACGUACAAACGCAAGAGUGGAGAGACUGUCAUCAUGAGAGACGUAUUCGAGAAGUUUGUACGGUGGAUCGACAUGUUCAAGCGCAUUGGAGAUGUGGCAGUCCAGUAUGACCCAGUACAUGCUGCACUUCCAUGGGCUGGAAUUAGUUUUAUCCUACAGAUUGCCGUCAAGGAUAUCAAUCAACUGGAACUGGUCAUAGAAGGCCUCACUUGGGUAUCUGAGCUGAUUUGCCGCUAUACCAUUCUAGAAGCCCUCUAUGACUAUGAUACAUCACCAGCUUCGAAAGAACUGGAAGAAGCCAUAACCAUGUUGUACGCGAACAUUCUCCUCUAUCUUUCGAACACGAUGGACUACCUCGAACAACGGACCAUGAAGCGCUUGUUCAAGGGCGUGAUUCAUUCCAGGGACUCAUUGGAAUCAAACUUAGAGGACAUACACAAAGCGGAAGACAGAGUCAAAACAUGGAGGGCUCUAUCUGAAAGACAAGAUAAUGCGGAGAAGAGCGCAAAGAUGAUCCUUCUUCUCAAAGCCAUGAACCAACCGCUGAGAAGACUGGACCAAACCCUGGAGAGUGUACAGGAUAACCUCGAAACAUCCAAGCGUAUUCAGAUCCUCCAAUGGCUGUCGACUGAGCCGUAUAUGGGACAUCAUAAUGAAACCAAAAAGGUAGUCCUUAAAGGAACCGGCAUGUGGUUGCUACGGGACCCUCUCAUCAAGAGAUGGAAGGACGAUAGCGCAUCUUCUAUGUUUUGGCUUCAUGGGAUGGCGGGGGCUGACAAGAGUAAACUUGUGUCCAUUUUGAUCGAUCAUGCUAUGAAGGGGUUCGAAGCGGGCACUAACUCACGGCCUGCAUUCUUUUACUGUUCCAGAAACCCAACAACGCCAAGACGCUCAAGUCCCGGAGCGAUAUUGGCUAGCAUUGCAAGACAGCUUUCAAGUUCCGCACCAGGGAAGCCUCUCCUGAAACCAACAGUUGAAAUGUACAAGAAAGAAGAAGCAGAGGGAUUUCCAUCUGGGCCGCCGGAAAUAACUACCACCUGCGAGCUCAUCAUACAGUUAGUCGGAUUAUACCCUCAAACUACGAUUUUCAUCGACGCCUUGGACGAAUGCAACAAUGAGACACGAUGGGAAUUGAUCGAAUCGCUGGAGAAAAUCCUCAAAAACGCAUGCAGCCUGGUCAAGGUUUUCAUUUCAAGUCGAAAUGAUCAAGACAUUGUGAUGCGGUUGAGCGGUUACCUAAACCUCAAGAUCGACUCUAAAAAGAACAGCGUUGAUAUAUCUAGGUUUGUGAGCAGUGAGGUAGAGCAACUCAUUUUGAGUAAAUGGUUGCUACGCUAUAGCACGUCUAAAGAUGAACUCAAAUCGAUGAUUAUUGCUCGGACCAUUCAAGGUUCCCAAGGAAUGUUUCGGUGGGCGAGCAUGCAAUUGCAAUACCUUUGCUUGCAUACCCUAGACGUUGACGUUAAGAAAGCCCUUGGAAAACUCCCACCAGAUUUACGUACGCUGUACAGUGAGAUUUACGAUAUGAUUUCCGACAGGCCCGGCCAAAUCCAAGCGACCAUUUUCAGAAACUCUCUUCAUUGGUUGUUGUGUGCUCAGAUGAAGCUGCCAGCUGACAUGUUCUUGGUCUCAAUCUCAACAAUUCCCACCGAAGGCAAUCAGAUCUCAGUCUCGCAAGUAGAAUUGCUCGAUAUCUGCAACAACUUCAUCGUUCACGACUCAGAGCUCGACACUUUUCGUUUCGCACACCUUUCUGUUCGAGAAUUCUUGGAAGAAAGUCCAACUCCAGCAACGCAGAAACUCUUCCGCGAGCUUGGCUGGGAAACCGACGCCGAUCCUUCUAAAAUCAAGAGCAUUGGUUUUUACACAGAUGUGUACUGGGCUGUUCACUGCAAAUUCGCUGGGGAUCUCAGAAAAGCAGGCACUCUAAAAGCGGCGUUGAGACAUAUGCUGCUGGGUGAGGAUAGCACAACGGUCACUUCCUCUAUUUAUCUCUGGAUGCUUCGAGUUGAGACUUAUCCUCGAGUUGUGAGAAAAACUCUAAUUCGAGAUCUCCGCAAAGUGCCACAAUUGUCAGAUUGUACAGUCAACGAACACCAACCUUCUAACUUCCCGUGCAAACCAGGUAUGAGUUGGGAAGAUCACGAGAAAUUUCUAGAAUUGCUGAGACAACCACCAUUCCCGGUAGCCGUUUUCGUCAUCUACGCUUUUGGUUUCGAAGAGCUUGGCCAAGAACUUUCAGUCAGUGAGGCACUGACAAUACCUUAUACAAACAAGCGCGGGAAAAGUAUUGUACAAGUCGCAGCCAAGUACCGAAGCUACUCAUUGGUAUCACAUCUCAUUGUACAGAAAGAGUUCAAAGCUGUACAUGCUUGCGAUAUGCUUGUCGCUGCUGACACUGAAUAUCGCGAAGAAGUGACAAGGCACCUCAUCAGUCGUUGGACGGCCGAUCAACAAAGCAGAGAAGAGUGGUUAGUGACGAUCCUCAGAAUCGGCUCCGUGGAAAUAGCAGAAACCUUUCUCGACUCAUUGAGAGACAUCUCAGUUACGCAAGAGAUGGCCAAUGCAGCUGUGGCAAACGACCGCAGCAGCACAGCGAUGAUGGCAUUACUGCUUCGCCGGCGUGAAAAGGCGUUUGAAAUCACAGAGUUGAUAAAGGUGGCCCUAAGAUCCAGGGGAACACCCGUUACAUUAUUGAAGUUGCUUCUUGAUCAACAGAAUGCGAACAUCAUAAUCACCAAAGAGAUGGUAGAGUCAGCCAUAGUAUAUGGGGAUGAACGCGUUGAAAAGCUGAAACUUCUUCUGAGUCAACAGAAUACGAAAAUCGCAGUCACCAAAGAGAUGGUAGAGCUAGCGAUUGCACAGAAGAAUCAAAGCGGUGGGUUGGUGGAAUUUCUUUUGAACCAAUGGGACGAGGAUAUCCCGAUCACUAAAGAGAUGAUAAAGGGUACUGAAACACCUGGAUCUGGUAGCAGCCCAUUGAUCAAGCCCACCAUGAGUCGACGAAGCAAAGACGUGCUACUAGAAGCGUUAGCCAUAACGGCGAUCGUCCGGCACUCUGGUAAGGAGGCAGUGAAGUCCGCGAUAGACAAGUUUGGGGCACAUUCGGUCAUCACAGAAGAGAAUAUGGAUAUUGUGCUAGAGGAUGAAAAACGCGCGCAAGAACUGCUACCACUAUUUCUACAGGUCCGAGAAGAUGUAUGCGAUUGGCUCCUGCAACGCAAGCACAGUCACUUUCGUACAGAAAGGGUAGGAAAGAGUCGAUGCCGAAUCAGGUUCGAGACUUCUGAUUGGAUGUAUAUCAAAUUUGGAGACACUGGGUAG